GGGGCUUAAUUGUCAUUGUAUGGAUAGUUGCAGGUUUUUAGUUUUCUUUCUUCUUCUGUCAAACAUAAACCCUAAACCCUUAUUAACAAAAAACAACUUACUUUGUAUUUUUAUGGUUAGCACCAAGAAAAAUAAAAGCAAUUCCAUUUCUUGAAUAAUGGCAAGGUUCGAUCAAUUAGAAAACAUGUACGAUGUGGGAUUGAAGCCAGUGAUGCUUCGCAGUCUGAUUAGACAAUAUCUUCCUGCCGAGAACCACCCUCUCAAUCUCAACAACAGCUGUUUUGAGCUGCCAAGCCUGGUUUCCAUCCUCCAAACUCACUGUCUCUUGUCUGAAUUGGACUCCCAAUCCAUCGAUCCAAAGCUCAUUAACACCUGGAAAUCAGCCGUCGAUGAUUGGCUCAGUUGCUUAUUAUCGCUGCUCUCUAGCGAUAUGUCAGAUAAAUGUUGGGUUGGAAUCUGUUUGCUUGGGGUUUCUUGUCAAGAGUGCAGUAAUCAACGGUUUUUGUCUUCUUACUCUGUUUGGCUCAACAAGCUUCUAUCACAUAUUCAGCCUCCAGCAGACUCUCAACUUGUGAAGAUUGCUUCUUGUACCUCACUAGCAGAUCUACUGACAAGAUUGGCUAGAUUUCCAGAGGUAAAGAAAGAUGGGAACUUGCUUGCUGGGAAGCUCGUUCAACCUGUUUUGAAGCUCUUAAAUGAGGAUAAUGUGGAGGCUGUUUGGGAAGGAGCAGCUAAUUUAUUAUAUGCCCUUAUAGCCUUCUUUCCAGCUUCUAUCCAUCAUUAUUAUGACAAGGUUGAAGCUGCUAUUGCUUCAAAAAUUCUUUCAGGGAAAUGUAGUACUAAAACAUUGAAGAAACUUGGUUAUUGCUUAGCAUUGCUCCCCAAAGCAAAAGGAGACAAAGAUAGCUGGUCAUUAAUGAUGCAAAAAAUUUUGAUAUCAAUUAAUGAUCACCUCAAUGAAGCCUUUCAAGGUGUAGAAGAAGAAGCUAAAUCUGAUGAAGCUAGGAGAUUAUUGGUUCCCCCUGGCAAAGAUCUGCCAUUACCUUUAGGAGGUGCCUCUUUUAAGGGAACGAGUUCUGAGAGACUGCCUACAGCAACUAUCUCUACUCUGAUGUUUUGCUGCUGUAAAAUGCUCACAAGUUCAUAUCCGGUUCAGGUUACUGUUCCAGUUCGGUCGAUGUUAGCUCUUGUCGAGAGGCUGCUGAGAGUUGAUGGUUCUUUGCCACACACCAUGUUGCCCUUUAUGACUUCUGUGCAACAAGAGUUAAUUUGUUCUGAGCUUCCGGUCUUGCAUGCUUAUAGUUUGGAGCUUCUCAUUGCACUUAUAAAGGGGAUGCGCAGGCAACUGUUACCACAUUCUGCAUACAUCGUGAGAGUAGUUACAAGAUAUUUCAAAAGAUGUUCUCUUCCAGAAUUGAGGAUAAAGCUCUAUUCAAUCAUACGGAUGUUACUUCUAUCAAUGGGUGUUGGGAUUGCUAUAUAUCUUGCACCAGAUGUCGUUGAGAAUGCUUCUAAUGAUCUGAAUUCUCUUGAUGGUGAAGAUAUUGAGACAUCCCCUGCAAACAGAGGUCCUGCUACUGGAGCGUUGCCUCAGCUUAGCAAUAGGAAAAGAAAGCAUGGUGCUAAAACUGGAUCUCUGGAGGAGAAGCAAGAUGCACCUAGUCCAAAAGUGGGAGAAUCCAAUACCCAUCAAACGAUUCCAAUUACUGUAAAAAUAGCUGCACUUGACACUUUGGAAGUCCUCCUUACAGUGGGUGGUGCUUCAAAAUCUGAGAGUUGGCGAUCAAGCAUUGAUGGUCUUUUAAUGAAGACAGCCAUAAAUUCGUGUAAGAGGGGAUGGGGGAAUUUGGAAAGCAACAUUUUCUUGCCUCAUGAAUCAGCCUCAGUAUGGGCAGAUUUCCAGCUCUCAUCAUUACGUGCACUCUUGACAUCGUUCCUUGCUCCAGCUCGCGUUCGACCACCAUAUUUAUCUCAGGGUCUUGAGCUUUUUCGUAGAGGUAAACAAGAAGCUGGAAUGAAGCUCGCACAAUUUUGUGCCUAUGCUUUGUUUGCACUGGAGGUGCUCAUACAUCCUAGAGCCCUUCCACUAGAUGAUUUCUACUCUGCUUGUCAUAAUUCUACUGAUGGAGCUAGCAAUAGAUUCCUAGAAAAUAUUUACUCCGGCAGUCGGAAGCAAAAUACAUCGUUUCUCAGUGCCAUGCAGAGAACAGAACAAGGUGGUGUUGAGUCACAUGAUGAUGAUUUAUAUGACAGGUGGCUACAAAAUGAAAACGAAAAUCAAAAUAAAAGUGAAUACAUUCCUGUUGAGGAUAUGAAGGAUCAAACAUCAAGACCAAAUGAUUCAUCAUUUACAAAUGUUUUAGAGGUAAGGGAAAAGGAGCCAGCAGCAGCUAACGCAGAUGUGCAUAUGAGAAACGAAAAUGAAAUUGUGGUGCAGCCCUGGCACUUAGAAGAAUCAGUUCCAAAGUCUCAGGAAGUAGCUUCUGCAAAAGCUGUCAUGAGUCCUGCAGUUGGAACAAAUCCUGAAGGUAGUGAAAUAGAAUCUAAGACGCCUCUUUCUGCUAGUGAUAGAUUAAAUGAUACCAAUCAUGAUAUGUUCUCUUGCGUGGAUAAAGUUGAUGGUUUUGAUAAUGUUGCUGGAAAAACUUCAUCAACAUUGCCAAAUGCCAAGAAGGGUAGUUCAUCUAUGGUGCAUUUGGAUAGUGACUCAUCUAUGGACUCAUUUCCGGGCAUUGUUGAUGCUGAUCCAGAUACUGAUUCUGAUUCUGACUAGAAAACAGGGUAAGAGAAAUGAUAAUCCAUCAACUGUUCAUCAAAAUGAAUGGAAUCUAAGAUGGGAUGGGUUGUUUGUACCAUGUUCUGAUUCUUCUUACUAGCAAUUUUCCACCACCAGCAGUUGCAAGUAAAACUGAGAGGGGCGCAGUAAGGAGCCAGAACGGAGCAAAUUUUAGCUUUUGUUUAUUUCAACAUUAAGUUUCGGAGAAUAGAGAUCGAAUAGCAUCAAUUAUGAGGCAAGACAAGGUGGCUUGAGAAGUUGACUCACUCUCCAAGUGAACCGAGUUUUGAUUGACUCGUGAGUCAGGAAGAAAUGAUAAAGAUAAAAGGGUUAUUGUUAACUCUUAUCGUAUAUAUUUAUUCAUGGUGAUUGUUGUUACAGUAGAGGCCAUCUUAUAUAAGUUGUGUUCCAUUUGCUCUUAGCAGGGAGGUAGAGAUAUUAGAAAUGGUUUAAGAACAUUUACUAUUGUUUUAGUUCAAUUUAUGGAUUAAAAGUUUGUUUUUUUAUGUCCUAGUUAAUGAGAAGCUCCAUUUUUGAA